GGAAAUCGCCGAGACGCAGCUUCAGUUCUGACUUCUAACCUCCACACAUCAAGUGCUCCAAGGGACUCUCUAGAUUCGCUUGUCUUCUAAUCAGAUGGCAGACAGUGCGAGAGAAGCGGUUGAGGAUGCCGUUAUUCAGGCCAAAGAAGCUGUUCCAGAUGUCAAAUCGAGCUUGUCGGGCAUCAAGUCCUUUGUGUCUGGUGGAUUUGGUGGUAUCUGCUGUGUAUUGGUGGGACAUCCGUUUGAUUUGAUUAAAGUCAGGAUGCAAACGGCAGAGAAGGGAGUGUACUCGGGAACGAUGGAUGUUGUGCGAAAGACGCUUGCUAAAGCUGGACCAACGGGUCUCUACGCAGGUGUCAGUGCGCCAUUGAUUGGUGUGACACCCAUGUUUGCCAUUUCUUUCCUUGGUUACGAUAUGGGCAAGGGACUCGUCUCUCGCUUCUCUACAGUGGAUGCCAAGACUGGUUUGUCCACAACACAGAUUGCACUUGCUGGUCUCUUUUCUGCCAUCCCCUGUACCCUUGUCACUGCUCCGUUUGAGCGUGUCAAGGUGCUAUUGCAAGUGCAAGGCGACAGUAAGAAGUACAAUGGUUCUUUGGAUGUCAUGAAGCAGCUCUACAAAACGGGUGGCAUCAAAUCUGUGUACCGUGGUUCUCUGGCUACGUUUGCACGCGAUGGUCCUGGUUCUGCUGCGUACUUUGCAUCGUAUGAGGUGAUUAAGCGGAAACUCACACCGAGGAAGGAAGAUGGUUCACCUGGUGAGCUGAGUGUGCCAGCGGUAGUGGUGGCUGGUGGUAUGGCCGGUGUUGCUAUGUGGACGCUUGUCUUCCCCGUCGACACCAUUAAAUCGACCUUGCAAGCAACGGAAGGCUCGACCGUUGGCCAGGUGAUUCGGACGAUCCACUCGCGCGGUGGCAUCAAGGCCUUCUUCCCUGGUAUUGGACCUGCGUUGCUGCGAUCCUUCCCUGCGAAUGCGGCGACAUUCUUGGGGGUGGAAGUGGCAAACCAGUUCAUGACGAAGACACUGGGCAUCUAGGUGUUUGUUGAGCAUAGCAUUAUAGACAUGGUAGCUGUGACUGCUAUAUUUUUAUCUGCGCCACCUGUCUCGGCUGCUGGGUGUGGCGCAUGUUGAUCGAAAGAAGAAAAAGCGGAAGAGGAGAAGAGAAGCAGAGCGAGUCAGUGCCAGAGAGAGAGUUCAGCCAGAGAGG